AUGGAACGAUCAAGGUCAAAUGAUGAAAUUCGAAAUCGAAGGUCAAUGAAUAAUAAAGUACCAGCUGGUUGGCUUGAUUAUUCUCCAUUGAAUACCUGGAUUGAAAAUACUCGUUUUGUUCCAUUUAAAUGUCCUCUACGAUCGUCAAUCUUACGAAAUAUUAAUAAACAAGACCGGUUUUCUUUAAAUGAUUUAAUUGACCGUUUGGAAAAUCAAGGACGAAAAAUCGGUUUAAUCAUUGAUUUAACUGAUACUUAUCGAUAUUAUGAUUAUCGAGAUGUAGAAGAUAUGGGUAUCGAAUAUUGUAAAAUUCGAGUACCAGGACAUCAAGAUGUGUCAGAUAAAAGUUGUCAAAAAUUUUUUCAUGUUGUUAACACGUUCUUGCGAGAUAAUCGACAAAAUGGUAUUCAUUGUACACAUGGUAUUAAUCGAAGUGGUUAUUUUAUUGUUAGAUAUUUAAUUGAAAUACUUGGUCAACAGCCAGAUAAUGCUAUUGCUGGUAAGUUUUUAUUAUUGUAA